UAAACUUUAAUUUAAAAUAAAAAAAUUAUAAUAACUAAAUAAAUCAGAUAAGGAUUUAUAUUUUCUUAUUCUGGUUAUACAUUAAAUUUUAUAAAAUAUUAUAUUUUUUGAAAAAACUAUGAAUAUUAUAAAUUAAUAUAUUAGUUCCGCUAACUUAGUUGUGCAGAUUUGACUCUAUAUUUUUUCGUGACGUCGAGCUAGGAACGGUGAAUUAUUUGCUAAGUAGGACAAUUUACUCCAAUGUAGGACAUUCUACUCCGGAGUAAACAGUCCGGCCGGACAGUUUACUCCGGCGGACUGUUUUCUCUGUGACAAUCCCCUAUCCAGUUAUAUUUUGAGAUCAGUGUUCUCGACUUAGUUAGCGGAUGGGUUAAGGAUUUUUAAUGACAUUCAAAAUAAGGUUGCCGAUUUUCAUAAAAAUCCAGACAAAAAAAAAAAUUAGCGCAUGCGUUUUUAUCGUCUAAUUUAGGAUGGUAUUAAAUAUCGUUAAUCUAUUUGAAAUGACAUUAUUAACUAACGUUUGUGCGGUGUACAAAAAACUAUAAACUAAUCUAAUUAUCCUUAAUUGUAAAAUGGAUGAUGGCAAUUGUUCCUAUGAUUUAGAACACUCAUCGGGGACAGCCAAUUUGACUGUAGCUGUUGAAAAACACAUUUUACUAACAUAUUCAGAUGUUUGUGCUAAAAUUAAAGAGCAUGAGUUAUUGCACACAGUGCAUUAUGUUGUAUCUCGCACUGGAAACAUGGAACAAAACUUUGAAGAACUCUUGAAGAAAAAUCACAGAGCGUUUUUUGAGGACAAUGAUUUCCCCUACACUGGAGUUCCAUUCAUUUUUUCAGCGCAUACCUGUCUUGACUGUCAACAAGGAAUGGACAGGAAUAUUAAAGCGAAAGAAAAGUACAGAAAAAAGAAAAACGAUGCAGCAGCUAAAGAUCAUUACUAUCAAAAUAACAAAGUUGUUCUCCAGGAUACCAAAAAAUUUGAUUGUCCAGCCUAG